AUGGAUUUCCAGAUUCAGGUCAUGAAGAAUUCGGUGUCGGAAUUGGGUACUUGGGAUGGAUACAUAGUUCACCUUGAGCUGCUCUGGUUAUGGUUUUCUGCACAUGAGAUGGAUCCUGAAAACAUUCAUUUUGACAAUGAGGAUUUAAACCUUGACCCAAAUGAUGAUGAACUAACUCUACCAGCUGGAAGGGAGUCUGUAGGUGAAGCUGCUUCAAACAUUGCAGCAGGUUUUAAUCCUACAGGCGUAACAGGCUGUAGCCAAUCAGCCCAGUCUGGUGGAACAAGGCGUUACUCUUGGGUAUGGAAACAUGCAACUAUAGUUAAUAACUAUAAAAAUGCACAGGGAAUUGAUUUAGGAUCUAGAGCUGUAUGUCAUUAUUGUCCAAAUAAUUAUACUUGCGUAAGUAAGGGUGGUGUAGGGCAUCUUCAACGACAUUUAGAAAACAAACAUAAAAAAUUUAAACAUUCUGAAGUUGGAGUCAGUGGUGAAUCUGGUGGUUUUGAUUCCGUAGGUGGUACGUCGAAUUUCGUAUAUUCUCAAUCUAGUAUGAGAGAGGGGUUGGCCCGUUACGUAGUUGCAGCAGAACAACCAUUUACUUUUGGUGAUGAUAUUAGAUUUGAAUAUUUUGUUAAACAUUAUCUUAAUCCUCUUUUUUCGAAAGUUUCUAGAAAUACAACCAGAAGUGAUUCUUUGAAAGCUUUUAUUGAAGUUAGAAAAAUUUUGAUGAGUGAAAUUGCAGAACUUGGUAGUUUAAUCUCUUUUACUUCUGAUUUGUGGAGUGGUCGAAAUAAUCUUGGUUACAUUUCUGUGACAGCUCAUUAUAUAGACUCCAAUUGGAUUUUGAAUAAAAAAAUUAUUGCUUUCCGUUUAAUGGAGGAGUUUGAAAUUGUUGAUAAAGUUUUUAGUAUUACUUUUGAUAACCAUUCUGCUAAUACCAGUUCAAUUGAUUUGUUCAAACAAAAUUUGACUACUCUUCAUGCUGGACAAUUUUUUCAUGUGCGAUGUCUAGGCAACAAGAAUUUGAAGGAUUGUGUGAAUCAUGCUGACGUAAUUUCUGCUUAUAUUAAUUCCAAGCAUAUGCGUACUGAUGGUGGUUUAACUCGAGGUGAUUGGAAGAUUGCUUUUGAGUUUAUGAAUUUUUUGAAAAUAUUUUAUGCUGCUACCUUAGCUUGCUCAGGUGUUCGUUAUCCUACUACUUGUAUUGUGCUUAAUCACUUGUAUAAUAUGAGUCACACUCUUAAAAGUCAUAGAAUGAAACCAAAUUUUGUAGCUGCUUGUAAGUCUAUGGAAGAUAAAUUUAACAAAUAUUUCGAAAACAUGCCAACAAUAUUUAUUGUAGCUUCUGUAAUGGACCCAAGGAUUAAGGUAAGGGGUGUUGAAAAGCUCUUAAAAGGGCUUGGUGAGAAUUUAGGGAUUACAUUACCUUCUAUUUCUACUGUCACUGCGCUGUUGACUUCUAUAUAUGCUUCAUAUGAGUCUAAAUUUGCAUGCACUACUGCUGCUCCAUAUUCUUCAAGUAUUAAUAACCCAUGUUCUACAAGUAACAAUGAGAAUGACCCAUCUUGGUUUCUGAUUUCAGGGCCAAGUAGUAGUGAAACUUUAUCACGAUCUGAACUUACUCAAUAUUUAGAGAUAAAUUUAGUUACCAAUGAGGAGUUUCAAUCAUUUGAUAUCUUAGCUUGGUGGAAAAAAACUGAAAAGACAUUUCCUAUUCUUUCUAUCAUGGCACGUGAUUUACUAACACCACCUGUGUCUUCAGUGGCUUCCGAAUCUGCUUUUAGUGCAGGUAAUAGAGUGUUGGAUGAAAGGAGGAGCAGACUAGCUCCCGACAUUUUAGACUGUCUUAUAUGCUUAAAAGAUUGGGAGGAUGCACGUCUUGGAAUUCAAAGAUGCCAUCCUAGAGAUGAAUUCAGAGAUUAUUUUUCGGACUCAGAUAUAGAUGCUGAUUAG